AUGGCGGCCGUCGAAGAGAAUGGUCACGCUGUGACCGAUGAGAAUGCCGCGCCCGCGGUCGCUGCCCAAUCGACCGACGAAAUCGUCACCGUUUUCCACAACCCCGAGAACUUCAACGUCAAGCAUCCGCUCAUGCACGAGUGGACUCUCUGGUUCACUAAGCCUCCCUCCGGCAAGGGUGACAACUGGAAUGAUCUGCUGAAGGAAGUCGUUACAUUCAGCUCCGUCGAGGAAUUCUGGGGCAUCUACAACAACAUCACACCAACCUCCGAGCUGGGCCUCAAGGCCGACUACCACCUCUUCAAAAAGGGCGUACGACCGGAGUGGGAGGAUCCUCAGAACAAGCACGGUGGCAAGUGGUCAUACCAGUUCAAGGACAAGCGGUCCGUUCCUAUCGACGACCUGUGGCUGCACGCACAACUGUCCGCUAUCGGCGAGACCCUGGAAGCCGACGCCGACAACGAGGUCAUGGGUGUGGUCGUGAACGUGCGCAAGGGCUUCUACCGCGUCGGUCUGUGGACCCGCACCGUGGGCAAGAGCAUUCCCGGCGACAAGACGUCCCGCACACCCGCCCAGGGCAAGGAUAUCCUCGAGGCGAUCGGUCGGCGGUUCAAGGACGUCCUCCGUCUUAAGGAGGCGGAUGUCGUGGAGUUCUCCGGCCACACCGACAGCGCACACAGCGGCAGCACCCGUGCCAAGGCCAAGUACACCGUUUAA